AUGGCUUUGUCAGAGGCAAACAAACAUCAGGAACCAUUUUCUCCGAUGGAUCUGAGUUAUAUGAAGCGUGCGAAAUUCUAUUUCACACUAUUGGGGGCUUGGCCCUAUCAAGAAUUGUAUGAAACAUACAAAGAAAAGCCGAGACAACUCCCUUUAAGAAAUUACAAAACACUGUUCGUAUUGUGGAUUGGAGUACUUAUGAGUGGUAUACUUUAUUUGAAAAGUCAUAUAAGAAAACUCAGUUUCUUCGAACUUGGUCAUAGUUACAUAACGGUUUUUAUGAAUUUUAUUGCUGUGCAACGAGUCAGCACGCCAAUUAUGACAUCAUAUCGGAAAACUGUUGUUGAUUUCGUAUUGAAGUUGCAUCUUUUUCAUCAUAAACACAAAUCAGAAUACGCCAGAAAGGUUUAUAAUCAAGUUGACAGGAUAUCAUCAUGGUUUUCACUUUUUCUAUACAUUCUUAUGUAUGUUGGUAUCAUAUUGUUUCAAUUUAUGCCACUUUAUAAUAACAUUAAAUCAGGAGCAUUCAAAGCAACUUCACAUAGCAUAGAAAACGGAACACGUUAUGAACAUUCAGUAUAUCACUAUACACCAUUUGAAUACCACAAUUUUGGGUACUCAAUUAUAUUUAUUAUUAAUUGGAUCCUUGUAUUUGAUUGUUCCAUUACUUUCUGUACAUAUGACUCCUUAAUGACACUGAUUGUUUUCAACGUUUGGGGACAUUUGAAAAUAUUAAAAUACAAUUUGGAACAUUUUCCGAGGCCCAGAAAGGAGGGCGAUACAAACCCUUUGAAUUCAAUAAUGUAUACCGAGGAGGAGCUACGAAAUGUUCAAGUGUUGUUGAAAGAGAAUAUUGCAUACCAUAUAAUGAUAACUCAAUUUAUGUCGCAGGCUUCAAAAGCUUUCGGUCCAAUAAUGUGUUUUUAUUACUUAUUCGAUCAAGUCAGCGGAUGCAUUCUACUAUUGGAAUUAUCUGCAAUGGAUAUGGAGGCUAUUGUGAGUUAUGGUAUUUUAUCGGUUAUUCUCUUACAACAACUGAUACAAAUAUCUGCUAUAUUUGAAAUUAUUGGAUCGAAGAGUGAAACGUUAAAAAAUGCCAUUUACGAUUUACCUUGGGAGUGUAUGGAUGCGAAAAAUAGGAAAACUUUAUUGAUUUUCCUGAAAAAUUCUCAAAAAGCGAUAACAUUGAAAGCAAUGGGCAUGAUUUAUGUCGGAGUUCAAACUAUGGCUGCUAUUAUGAAAACAUCAGUAUCGUAUUUCAUCAUGCUUCGUACUUUCGCUGAAAAUUAA